GAACCGUUGAUCUCCAUCACUUCCAAUACAAGCCACUUCGACGAUCGAUCAUCGUCAAAUUAGACAGAAAUACGCUGGGCCGAUCAUACAAGGUUCAGACCGUGGCCACGACGCUACUCCUGCGUAGAACCCAGCAAAGAUGGCCGCCAUGCACACCACCUUUCAGCGACUGAACUCCGUCACGGCGUUCGGUACGUCCACGAUUCUUGCUCUCCUGGCCAUCAUCGCAUUCUUCAGCUUCCCAGUAAGUUACAAGCCGCGUGGCACGGUCGAGGUGCAUUCCCUCAAAGUUGUCUCUGGGAGAGCGCAGUACCACUUUGAUCGCAGGGAGCAAGAGUACUUGACGACCGAAUUCGACAUCGAUGCCGACUUUUCAGGACUGUUCAACUGGAACACCAAGCAAGUAUUUGUCAGCCUUGCAGCUGAAUAUAUCUCCUCGAAGCAUCCACAAAACCAGGUGGUCGUAUGGGACCACAUCAUCCGCAGCAAGGCGGACGCGCAUGUCCAAGCCAAGGGCAACCUAAACAAGUACGGCUUCCGAGAAGUAUCCAAGAGCUUCAACAACAUCACUCAAGCAGAAUUCAUCCUCAAAUGGAACACUAUGCCGUACGUCGGAGCACUUGCCUAUGGCGAUCAAGCGCGCACGGAACCUGUGCCAGUACCGGUCCGCGCCAUCAAGGAGGAAGGGACGCAGAAAAGCAAGAAGCGAUUGCCGUAUUGAGCAGGAGGUGCGAUCGCAUUGAAAUCAAAGUGGCCAAAUCAUUCGUGAAAAUAAGCGCUUCUCGUGAAUUAUGCUACAAUAAA